UGGAGUCUUCUCUUUACAGAAAUAGCCAAUUGUUUUCUAAACUGGUUUUCCGUGAUUGUAUUUUUAAAUAUUACGAUAUGCCUGGCUGGGUCUCUCUGCUUUUCACUGACUGUCAAAACUCAUCACACAUCUUUUUGGUAUUUAUCACACGCUCUGCCUAAAUUGCAGGCCCUUCCGACUGGGCUAUGUGAUUUUAAAACAAUCUACAUAUUAUACAAGUUAAUGAUAUUCUGUGGCCAAAACAUGCUGUUUGGUGUAGUAGGCUAUUUUGAAUUUAAAAAUAUAUACAAAAAUCUGUAUAGACAGGAAUAAGCUAAUUAGGCAAUUUUAACAAAAUCUACUUUAAGGAAAGCUUCCCCGAGCCUUAUGGAUACACCACCUAUAUAUUCUAACACCUUCUAUUGGCUCAUCGGAACUCGGUAAGAAUGCCGCACGCCGUUGCAUCCGACUGGCAUGUUCUGUGAAGAUGAAUUACCAUAAACUAAAUGUGAUUUCUGUCAUUCUGAGAACCGUGGGUGGACGCCCAAAUCAGGCUACUCAAACAAUGCACAUGGCUCCUGUAUAUUUCCUAAUUGUCCAGUAAAUAAUAAUGCUGCCUCCGCACGUUCACCCUGUCUGUGCUCCGUCCAACUACAGACAGAUUUGUUGGUAAAAAGUAGUCACAUACAGCUAUGGUUCUACUUUGAUUGUGUGCUGAUCAUUAAGGUGUAUGUCCUCUCCUAGGUGGUGUUUGGCUCGAUCGUUCUCCUGAUGUUGUGGCUGCCCAUCAGGAUGAUCAAGCUCCUCCUCCCUGCCUUCCUGCCCUACAACGUCAUGCUUUACAGUGAUGCUCCAGUCAGUGAGCUGUCUCUGGAGCUGUUGUUACUGCAGGUGGUUCUGCCAGCUCUCCUGGAACAAGGUCACACACGCCAGUGGCUGAAAGGUCUGGUCAGGGCCUGGACUGUCAGCGCUGGAUACCUGCUAGACCUCCACUCUUACUUGCUCGGAGAACAGGAAGACGAUGCUAACCAGCCUGUCAACAACAACAACCAUGCUCCCGGUCACCAAAACAACAACAACGCUAACCCCGCCCCUGCUGUGGGGGAGGGGCUUCAUGCAGCCCAUCAGGCCAUACUACAGCAGGGAGGACCUAUAGGUUUCCAACCCUACCAUCGGCCCCUACGCUUCCCUUUCAGGAUCGUCUUGCUGAUCGGGUUCAUGUGUAUCACCCUGCUGGUUUCCAGUCUGGUGUGUCUGACGUUACCAGUGUUUGCGGGCCGUUGGCUGAUGUCAUUCUGGACGGGCAGCUCGAAGAUCCAUGAGCUGUAUACAGCAGCGUGUGGUCUGUACGUGUGCUGGCUGUCCAUCCGCGGUGCCACCGUGCUGUUGGCCUGGAUGCCCCAGGGACCCACCAUCAUCAUGGUCAAAGUCCAGGAGUGGAGCCUCAUGAUUCUGAAGACCCUGGUCGUAGCGUUGCUGGUGGCUGGUGUUAUCCCUCUACUGCUGGGCCUGCUGUUUGAGCUGGUCAUCGUUGCUCCCCUACGCGUUCCUCUGGACCAAACGCCUCUCUUCUACCCCUGGCAGGACUGGGCUCUGGGGGUGCUCCAUGCCAAAAUCAUCGCUGCCAUCACCCUCAUGGGUCCACAGUGGUGGCUGAAGACGGUCAUAGAACAGGUGUAUGCUAACGGCAUCAGGAACAUCGACCUCCAUUUCAUCAUCUGUAAGCUGGCUGCCCCUGUCAUCUCGGUGCUGCUGCUGUCCCUGUGUGUCCCCUACGUCAUAGCAGCCGGGGUCGUACCUGCCGUAGGUCUGUCAGGUCUGUCAGGUGUGACUCCAGAGAUGCAGAUUCUGAUUCAGAGGAGGAUCUACCCGUUCCUCCUGAUGGUGGUGUCCAUCAUUGGCAUCCUCUCCUUCCAGAUACGACAGUUCAAACGUCUCUACGAACACAUCAAGAACGACAAGUACCUGGUUGGCCAGCGGCUUGUCAACUAUGAACGCAAGGCUAGGGGAACCAGCUCUGUCCCACCCCCUAACUCUAUCCCAGAGUAGUCAAGUUUGCUUUUGGAAACCACCCAUCUCGUGUCCUCCCUCCCCCUCUCUCCCACCCUCCCCCUUUCCACCCCUCCUCUCUCUCUCCCCCUCCCUCCCUCUCUCUCUCCCUCCUCUCUCUCUCUCCACCCCUCCCUCUC